AUGGAGCCCGAGACACUGGAGGCGCGCAUCAACAAAGCGACAAACCCCCUGAACAAGGACCUGGACUGGGAUGGUAUCAAUGCUUUCUGUGAGCAGCUCAAUAAGGAGCUAGAGGGUCCUCUGCUUGCUACCCGACUUCUUGCCCACAAGAUCCAGUCUCCACAGGAAUGGGAAGCUAUCCAGGCCCUCACGGUGCUGGAGUGCUGCAUGAAGAGCUGCGGCAAGCGCUUCCACGACGAGGUGGGCAAGUUCCGCUUCCUCAAUGAACUCAUCAAAGUGGUGUCACCCAAGUAUCUUGGCAGCCGGACACCGGAAAAAGUGAAGUCAAAGAUCCUGGAGCUGAUGUACUGCUGGACAUUAGGGCUGCCUCAUGAGGUGAAGAUCUCAGAGGCCUACCAGAUGCUGAAGAAACAAGGGAUUGUGAAAUGUGACCCAAAACUGCCUGACGACACUCCUUUUCCACCCCCCCCACCUCGGCCCAAGAACAUCAUCUUUGAUGAUGAAGAGAAGUCCAAGAUACUGGCUCGUCUCCUGAAAAGUUCCCAUCCUGAGGAUCUCCGGGCUGCCAACAAGCUCAUCAAGGAGAUGGUUCAGGAGGACCAGAAGCGCAUGGAGAAGAUCUCCAAGAGGGUUAAUGCCAUUGAGGAGGUGAACAACAAUGUGAAGCUGUUGACAGAGAUGGUGACAAACUACAGCAGGGGGGAGACAACGGAGAGCAAUGAGGACCUAAUGAAGGAGCUGUAUCAGCGCUGCGAGCGCAUGAGGCCCAUGCUUUUCCGGCUUGCCAGUGACACAGAAGACAAUGAUGAAGCUCUGGCGGAGAUCCUGCAAGCCAAUGACAAUCUGACACAGGUUAUCAAUCUCUACAAGCAGCUGGUGCGGGGAGAAGAAAUCAAUGGGGAGACGGCAGCAGGUCCCCUUCGAGGCAGCACCUCAGCGCUUCUGGAUCUGUCAGGCCUGGAUCUUCCAGCAACAGGCCCUUCCUACCCAGCCUUGCCCACCCGUUUAGGUGACUCAGCAGUCCCUGUGCCUGACCAAGCUGGCUCUGUCUCCUUGCUGGAUGAUGAACUCAUGUCUUUGGGCCUGAAUGACCCAGCACCGCAUCCUGCCCAGGCUGGUGACAACAGUGGCUGGAACAGCUUCCAGUCAUCAGAUAGCAACGAGUUCAGUAUCACCCCUAUCAUGGCAACGCCACCAGUCAAAGCAGAUGCUGGCGCAUCCUCCCCCAAACCUUCUCCUUUCACCAGUGGCAUGGAUGACCUGGACCUCCUGGGCAAGACUCUGCUGCAACAGUCUCUGCCUCCAGAGUCCCAGCAAGUGCGAUGGGAGAAGCAGCAGCCACCUCCCCGGCUCACCCUGAGGGAUCUCCAGAACAGGAGCAGCUCUGGCAGCAUGGCCCACAAUCCCAGUGCUGUGCCUGUGCUCCAGAAUGUUUCCCCUAACCCCACGCUGCCCCCGACCUCGGAGCUGCCUGCCCCUGCUAUGCUUCCAAAAGCUGCCACCACACCAGCAGGAAGUACUGCAGUCCCACCACAGCCUCCUGCCACCACGCUGCCCCAGGAGAUCUCGCUGGCAAACAUCGCUGUGCCUCUGGAGUCAAUCAAACCCAGCAGCAUCCUCCCUGUGACGGUGUAUGAUCAGCACGGCUUCCGCGUCCUCUUCCAUUUUGCUAAGGAUGCCCUGCCCGAGAGGCCUGAUGUGCUUGUGGUUGUGAUUUCUAUGCUUAGCACGGCUCCGCAGCCCAUCCGCAACAUUGUCUUUCAGUCCGCCGUCCCCAAGGUGAUGAAGGUGAAGCUACAGCCUCCCUCAGGCAUGGAGCUGCCGGCGUUCAACCCCAUUGUCCACCCCAGUGCCAUCACACAAGUCCUGCUGCUUGCUAACCCACGGAAGGAGAAGGUGAGGCUACGGUACAAGCUGACCUUCACCAUGGGAGAGCAAACUUACAAUGAAAUGGGGGAUGUGGACCAGUUCCCCCCGCCGGAGUCCUGGGGAAACCUCUAGGGCCACACGUUGCAGGCACUACACUGCUGGAGCAGC